AUGAUACCCAUCAAACACAACAACGCGAUCACGACGAAGAAUAUUCGCGCCACUCAACUCGUUCUUACUCUGUAUUUCGAAGGCGGAGGCGGCAACAUUAGCUGUGACGUGAGUAUCCUAUCCGAUGAACACUGGCGACGAAAAAGUGUGCACCGUCGUCGUUCGUCUUCUACUUCUGUGUCUGGCCGUCCGUCGGCUCGUCCAGUCGUAGAACGUUUUUCAACGACAAUAGUCAGCAAAGUUUCGCCUUGCUACUCUCUGCUGCCGACGGAUGAAGUUCGUUUGCCUCGUUUUCGUCAGUCGCUAAGUCCCUCCCGCCAACGCCCAAGGCGAGUCGAGACGAGGCAAGACGAGACGACGACCAUCGAACGAAAGGAAAGCCUUCACUCGUCCUAA